CGCACAGGGAGUUGUCUUUAGGAAGAAUUGUCACCUUUUUAUACAGUUUGAUAGCAUUUGCUGUCAUCCAACGAGGAGUGUGGUGUUAUUCUAAACGGGCCGGUGUUUACUAUUAAUUUGUGAUUAUUGUGAUUACUUUUCCACUGAAGCUUGCAGUUAUUUAAAUUGGUUAAUAAUUAACAGGCUAAAGUAUGCAAAGCUACGCAGAGACAAGCGGGCACUUUUUAGAGAGUCAUGCGACCGGUCUCGCUGUUGCUUUUGUUGCAGGGGCAGGCAUACUGGCCUUGCGCAGGUGGCUGGCUGGGGGAGUGUGUCGGAGCAAGGUUAGACUGGAUGGAAAAACAGUCCUGAUCACAGGAGCCAACACUGGCAUUGGGAAGGAGACGGCCCUGGAUAUGGCCAAGCGAGGAGCCAGAGUGAUCCUAGCCUGCAGAGACAUCACCAGAGCCUGCAUUGCGGCUGACGAGAUCCGGCAGCAAAGUGGCAACGGCAACGUGGUGGUAAAGAAACUGGACCUCACGUCAAUGCGGUCUGUCAGGGACCUGGCCAGAGAUGUCCGGGAGAAUGAGCAACGUUUGGACAUCCUCAUCAACAACGCAGGUGUCAUGAUGUGUCCUAAGUGGAAGACUGAGGAUGGCUUUGAAAUGCAGUUUGGUGUCAACCACUUGGGACAUUUUCUCCUCACCAACUGUCUUCUUGACCUGCUGAAGAAGUCAACUCCAAGUCGCAUUGUCAUCGUCUCCAGUCUGGCACACGAGAAAGGCAGCAUAAACUUUGAUGACAUCAACCUUGAUAAAGACUACCAUCGCGAGGAAAGCUACAGGCAGAGCAAGCUGGCCAAUGUGCUCUUCUGCAGAGAACUGGCUUUGAGAAUGCAAGACACUGGUGUGACAGUGUACAGUCUUCACCCUGGUGUCAUCCGCACCGAGUUGGGCCGCCACUUGUUCCCUACUUUAGCUCUGUGGCAGAGGAUCAUAUUAAUGCCACUCCUCAUGCUGAUCAAAAGUCCCUACGCUGGCGCUCAGACCAGCAUCUACUGUGCUGUGGACGAGAGCCAGGCCAACUCCAGUGGCCUCUAUUACAGUGACUGUGCCCCCAAAAAGCCGGCACCACAGGCCCUGGAUGAUGCUGCAGCCAAGAAGCUGUGGGACCUCAGUGCUUCCAUGGUUGGUCUGCCUUAAACACAACAGCCUGCUCCUACUGCUGGAGUCAGCUGCCCUGUUUACACGGGCGAAUUAACCACAGCAAAUUAUUGUAUUAUCUAUUCUAUUGGGUAGGGGCAUUGCAUUAAUAAUGAUUUGACCUGUUUUGGGUCUGAAAGAUUUGCUGCCAAAGUUUUGCACUAUUUAAUCUCAGACUCCAGUCAGUUGUGUGGAUAUUUAAAUGUAGGCUUAUUGCUUCCUCUUUAUAUUAUGCAAGUGAUGCAUUAUUAUGUUGAGCUUUAUUGUAUAUCUGUGUUAUGCUGCUAUGUCCUUAUCAAAAUGAGGCAAUGCUUGCUUUUUAAUUGACCAUUUUGGCUGAUUGUCAUCUGGUUGUAUGCAUUUGGGGGCGGCUGUGGCACAGGAGAAAGAACGGGUUGUCCUUUAAUCACGAGGCUGAUUGUUCGAUCCCCGGCUCUUUCUGUUCGUACAUCGAAGUGAGCAAGACGCUGAACCCCAAGUUGCUCCUGAUGAGCAGGCCAAGGCCUUGCAUGGCAGCUCCACUCUCAUCAGUGUGUGAAUGGGCGAAUGAGCGGCAAAUGUUAAAGCGCUUUGUCCAGUAAAGUAGAAAGGAUGAGCAAUGGCUUUUUUAACAUUUUUAUUAUAUUUUUUUAUUUGGAAUUCUAAAAUGUCUAAAAUGUUAAUACUUCAAACUGCUGUUUUUAUUCAUUUCAACAAUUGCCGACAUACAGUAAAAUUAUUGUAUAGUUUUUCUGAUUAAUUCUGUGUCAAAUUCAAUGCAGAACAUUAAUAGAAAACAUGUAAAGCAAGCACAAUAUUUUCCUAAGAACUACAAGGAAAGGUAGAAGACAGUUUGAAGCGUUGGACUGUCGUCGUAGUAGUGAAGUGUUGUAUGAAGGCUUGGAAGUGACCUUUUGUGUUGGCAAAGGUGAAAAGAUUGUUGCACUUCAGAAGAGAGAGGAUCCUCCACCAGGUUUAGAGAGGGAGUGGACGCCUCGGGGGAGAGCAGUUAGGAAGCAGCCAGUAGAACCAUAAGACUCGUCAGCUUACCCUGUGUGUGCGUGUGUGUGCGUGUGUGUGUGUGUGUGUGUGUGUGUGUGUGUGUGUGUGUGUGUGGAUGGAUGCUGUUUGUUGUAUCAAGGUUGCUUUUAUUCUUUGAAGAGAGAAUUCAACUUUGUUCCUAGGUUAUCCGAACAAACUCAAAAAGAACAAAGUGUACAACGCGGAACCAUCAGCAAUGUAAUCAUUUCUGCAAUAAAUGUGUGAUUUAAUGUCUGAAA